AGUCCUGCAAUAGUGUUCUAGCGAGUCUCCAAUCUUCUCAGCACAUAUCAUAAGUUUUCACAAAAGGACCAGUCAAUUCUGGUUCCCUAUUGCUUCAGUCGUGCCAAUCGUAAGAGAAUCUCCUUCUCAAGCUGUGGAACUGAGGAGCAUAUUAUUCUAUGCUCUACAUUCACGGUGGAUCUGCACUUCUGAACGUGAAACCAGCUUGGAAAGAGAGAAGGCGGAUUCAGGUAUGGACGGACGGAUAACAAUCAUCUGCAUUUCGCUGGCGUCUUGGGUAGCGGUGACCUCUAUCGAACUAGACUUUGUCCCACUACCUGAACCCCUUGAAUCACUUACUGCAGAUGCCAGUGAAAGCCUUAGCAGUAGGAUCUAUCCGUCCUAUCCUUAUGGCGACGUUCCACUGAGACUAGCUUUCAGUCCGCGAACCACUGUACUUAUCAAGGAUAACGUCCACAACGAGCCCCUGGAACGUGUUGUGGAAUUUGUUUUGGAUACCGACAACGUUUCACUCUGUACCAUAUUUGGUUCUUACUUUUCAACCGAAACUACAUUGCAGAGCUGGAAUUUCAAAACGUUUUUGGCUACUUUACCAGGUGGCCACCCUAGAUGUCUUUGUCAGCAGACGAUUCAGCCCAGUGUGACAACAUCACCGGAUCGGCGAAUCUUAGUCUUCUAUGGUUUUGGGGCGGGUCAAUGCUCCAAGUUCAUCGUUCUUUACAAUGGUAUUACAACCAUCACCAGUGUACUCUCCACAACUGGCGAGAACGUUCCAUGGGCAUUCUCACCUGGUUUUGUUACUAUCCCGACCAAUACAUCUUCGUCCAUGUUCACACUCAUAUCAUACGGAGGAUCACAUUGUAAUACCUUCAGCGACAGUGAAUGUGUUCGCUUCUCCACGGAUAUCUUCCAGGUCACAAUCGACAUAUCAGACCCAUCGGUACCAGUAAAGUGGAUAAAAUCGGAGCAUCAGUUAGCAAAUAACGGUACUAGCUCUCCAAGCCCCCGAGCAAGCCCAACUCUAAUAUCUAUAAGUGAUUCCCAGUUAUUGCUGUUCGGUGGAGUGGAAGCACAUGGAUCUUCUCAAAUAAUCAAGGUACGAAUGUUGAACGAUUUCUGGAUCUUCAAUAUUGAACAAGGCACAUGGAUCGAACUGAAAUCCAAUUUUCCAUCUACCUACUCUACUGCGGGCGAUAGGAGUAUGAUGAGGGAGUUUUUCAAUACCUUACAGGCUGCUUAUUUCAGCGCCUUCAGAUCACUGAUUGUGGCAUACUCUGUUCCGCAUGGUCCGUUUAUCCUGUACAUAUGCGCACUGCCAACCCAAGACAAUGACCCAGUUCACUGCGAAGCUAAAGGGAAACUUACAGACAUAUAUAUCGAGAACUAUCCGCACGACAUCCCUUGGUUUUCAUUGUGGUCCGACCAGACCGACGAAUUCCACAUCGUGUUUCAAAGAAUAAGAAGCACGACAAGUUUCACCUUGCAUCAGUGCGUCAAUUGUCAACCGAACACGUCUCAGCUAUCGAUUACGCCGAAGCCAUAUAUUGAUGUUCGAAGUUAUUUUUCAGGUUUCCAGGGGUGCAGUACAGCACGUCCUCUGUCCUUACCCCUUUCCCAAAACAUUUCAAUAUACAUUUUCAUUGGUUCGAACUGUCCAGAAAGAACAACAUCCCGUUAUGAUAUUCACUUUACUCCUUCGCAGAGACCAUCCCCCAUUGUUGUUUGGCACCUUUUAUACGACCGAUUAGGAAAAUCAACAGUGAUCGCCAAGUAUCCCUCACCAUCGCCUUUGCUCUAUAAUCGAUGGGGUUGCACAUUCACAUCCGUACAGCCAUUCAUGGGAAUUCUCUUUGGAGGUUCACAGAGAAUACACAAAAGCUACGAGUACCUUAGUUCUACUUGGUGUUUGUAUAUCCAGGUUGAUAGCCAAGCUCGAGAUUCCACAGUCUACUGGCGACGCCUUACAACACAUCAAUCCCAGCCCAAACCAAUGCCGCGAGAAGACCAUGUGGCAUGGAGACACAAGAGCACACAUCUGGUGAUACAGGGUGGGAAAAACCAGACACAUGUUCACAACGACUUUUGGAUACUUCAGAUGACGGGUGAGCAGUCAUGCUCGGGUGCUUGGACCCAACUGACUGAUAAUGUUUUCGGUGAGAAAUUGCCGCGUCAGUACGGUCAUUCAGCAACUACGUAUGGUGAUGACAUCAUUCUGUUUGGUGGCCAAAACGUAGGAUAUGAAGAAAGUCCAAGAAGCAUCAACCGCACACGUGACGUUGGAGAUAGGUUGGCAAUGACUGAUCACGUGUUGGUGAUGUCGAUUAAGAGCCUUUCUUUCAUUCAUCUCCGCAAGAUUCCUUUGUCGCAACAAAUUCCCUUGCGGUUCUUCCAUUCUUUGUCUUCCUACUUGAACAAUUCAUUUUUACUACUAGGCGGUUUUUUUGCUUACGGAACGGUUUCAAAACGUCUGCGACCCACGAAUGAUGCAUUCCUUUUUCAAUUCCGUGGCCAGGAAGCGAAAACCACAGUUGAGGUUUUACACUUUUUCAACUUCACCAUCUUUGGCCAACAUGUGAUCGAUGACUUUGUCUUCUCAGGUGGGCGUGAAUACGAUCCCUUUGAUCAAAUUCAGGCAAGACAAAGCUUAACCUUUCUGACAUUGAACAGGUUGGAAAAUUGUCCAUUGGGCUAUGGAUACUCGGAACACCGUUCCUGUGAGCCCUGUCCUAUAGGGUACUACUCAUCAAGUAUUGUUGUGAACUGUACGAGAUGUCCUGGUGAUUUAACGACACAAGGUAUUGGAGCCUGGAAAUGCGAUACUAUAUGUAUGGACAGCUACUGCAAUGGCCACGGUACAUGCAAGCUGGAUAGAGAUGACAAGAAGUAUUGCAACUGCAAGUUUGGAUACCUGCCUGCCGACAACUGCCGCACACCGACCGUCUACCUUUCUCAGAUGGCGGCGGUUAUAUUUUUCUUCGUACUUUCUUUGUGCAUUGCGUUCUUCGUGAAGUUCAUUCGAAAGCGUCGCGACUUGAGGAUUACGGAAAGAGAGUUGCAACUUCAACAUAUUCGUCUCCAAAGGUCCCUGAGGAAACUUGCAGAACUGAAUCGGGGAGCGCGAAUUCAAUGGAGGGACUUAAAAAUCAACAAACGACUGGCAUCGGGGACCUACAGCAAGGUGUAUGUUGCAAAGCUCAGUGACAUAGAUGUUGUAGUCAAGAAACUUCCCAAGUGCUUCAAUCGAACGCGAUGGCGUACAUCGCCUUUUGACACCUUCUUGGAGGAGGCUGAGACACUGCGAUCUGUAUGCCACCCUAAUAUUGUCCUCUUUAUUGGAGCAGGGCAGGACACAGCGGACAAGUGCCCAUUCUUGGUUAUGGAGUACUUGCGACGAGGUUCCCUCUACGAUAAUCUGCAUAAUCCACGUGUCCAACUGGAACAAGAGGAUAUGCUCCGGUUUGCUCUGGACAUCGCUCGUGGUAUGCGAUAUCUGCAUAGCUCUAAUCCUCCACAGAUUCACCGUGAUCUAAAGAGUCCAAACCUCUUCGUCAGUAACAAGUGGGUGGUGAAAAUCGGAGACUUGGAAUUCACCAGAUAUCUUAACCUUAUGGAAAGCGAAGAUCGUUCGCAAUCAGGGCAGCAAUCCACUACCGGUGGCCAACCCAACGCUCAGGCAGAAAGCGUUCUUCACGAUCAUGCAUCAGCAGGCAACAGCGAAAAAGAGGCACUGAUUCAAUCUAGGGAUUCUGAAUCCCAGAACCUUUCACAUCUUACAAUACACCAAAGGGAUAGUGAUACGGCCUGUCCACUUCCGCGCAAUGAGAGACAAUCGCAAUCUCGUAAUGAUCAUCAUUGUCAGGAUACAAUGAGGACAGAAGACUCAGACAGUACUCUACAUCACUGUUUCACGGCCUCACAGCUGCCAUCACGAGUUGGAAUGACGUGCCGUGUUGGAACUGACAGAUGGAGAGCUCCAGAGACACUGUCUGAGAACAGUUACACGGAAAAAUCAGAUGUGUAUAGUUAUGGCGUAGUUCUGUGGGAGAUAUCUACUCGUCAACUUCCCUACGCACAUUUGAAGUUCCCGGAGGACAUCCAUCAAGAGAUCAUGGAUGGAAACACGCCAGUCUUUCCUCCCACCACUCCCUACCCGUACCGUCACCUGGCUGAGAAAUGCAUGAGCGACGAACCACGUACUCGGCCCUCGUUUCAGCAGAUAUUUUAUGAGCUUGAAGGUUUACAGGUAUCGGAGUAACAAGAAGGAUGUAAGGUUCAUGUGUAACAUGGUGCACGGUGAAUAUAUUUCCUGCCCUCUCUCACCAUUGCUGCUCCCACUACGUAUCUGACAGGCUACAAUAAUAAUAAUAAUCUGAAAUGCUAUUACAGAACAUUGUACACGUGUAACUAGCACAACAUCACACACUUUACUUAUUGAUGAGCUGUCUCACGAAUCAACCCUGCACCAUACUUCACACUCAGCACAUUCAAUUCCUUCACAUAGCCCUAGAACGGCCAGCACUUUCAGUACUUCUAGAACAGCCCAACGGUGUCAUUUGGCACCUGCAUACAUAAGGACCAAUAGUAUAGUUCUGCUUUCAGUGUACGCUAUCACUAGUGGUCGGGCGAAACCCGCCGCCGUGUAGCCCAGUACAUGGCUAUAAAACGUCCAGUCUCUCCGGAGGCGUGGGUUCGAAUCCCACCACUGUGACAGGUUACUUUUUUUUCAUUUUUUUUCAACAAUAGUUAAUUUUUAUUCUUCUUCUCUCAGGUACACACCUGGGAUAUAAUUAUUAGUAAAAGAAGAGCCGGCAAAUAAAUAGAAUUUUCUCUCCAGUGCACACCUGGAGGUUGAAUACUUCUUCUUCUCGUUUUUUGUCGUUGCUAUAAAUCCCUUGAAGAAGAGCCGGCAAAUAAAUAGGAUUUUCUCUCCGGUGCACACCUGGAGGUUGAAUACUUCUUCUUCUUCUCGCUUUUGUCGUUGCUAUAAAUCCCUUGAAAUCAGCAGCAGCAGCUUUUAUGCAACAGAUGCCGUACGCUUACAUACGGAGAUACACUAAAUAUACAUCAGGUAAAGUUUGCUGGCCUCGGCGGCCAUUUGCGCGCCCUCGGUGGGCAGUGGGCAGUAGGCUAGUUAAGCCAUUCGAUCGCCCUCGGUGGGCAGUAUGCUAGUUUAGCCCGCGGCGGGCCGCGAUGGCCAUUUGGGCGCCCUUGGCGGGCGGAUGCUAGUUUCAGGCAUGCAUCUUUACUCAAUCAAUUAUUAUCAAAGAGCAUAUUCUUGAAUAUUUGAAUUGUCCGAAAGAAAUCAUGGCAACCCCCAACCCAAUGUGUCUAUUGUAUGUUUGUGCACGCCAUAGUGAGCUGUACGUUGUGCGGGUGUCUGCGUGUCAGAGCAUGGGUACACCAGUGGCGUGUGCGUGCAUGUGUGCGCUUGUGUCUGUCUGCAUGAGUGCACGA